CCGGGCUCAGGGGCACCCUUGGCCGCCGCGGAGCAAGGCUGCCUGGAGACAGCGCCCGGGCGCAGAGGGGUUAACGGGCCGCCGGGGCCGAGCAGAGCAGGAUCAUAAAGGGGUGGGCCAGUCUUCACCCAUCCAUUCUCACUCUGAGAUGUCCUUCUGAGGAGUCAUCCCUCCCAACCCCCAGCUUUCUGGAGACUGGACCAGGCUUCGGUCCCUGCAGAGCGCAUCCUCCACCCCACGCCCAGAUGCCAGAGUAGAGUUGACUUCUGGUCCCCUCCUUCCUGGCCCCGGGGCCAUCAAGGGAGGAGAGAUGGAGAAGUGGGCGGGCAGGCCCCGGUUGUGUCUGAUGCUGCUUCUGUUCCUCCCUCAGCUCUGCCUGGAUCAGGAGGUGUUGUCUGGGCACUCUCUUCAGACACCUCCCGAGGAGAACCAGGGCCCUGAGGGUGUCUGGGGUCCUUGGGACCGGUGGGCCUCUUGCUCCCAGCCCUGCGGGGUUGGGGUGCAGCGCAGGAGCCGGACGUGUCAGCUCCCUACAGCUCAACUCCACCAGGGCCUGCCCCUCCCACCCCGGCCCCCAAGACAUCCAGAAGCCCUGUUCCCCCGGGGUCAGGGCACCAGACCUCAUACUUCCCGAGAAACCCUUCCCCUAUACAGGCCACCACCUUGGGGAAGAGGUGGCCCCCUUCGAGGUCCUGCUUAUUUAGGGAGAGAGGAGGCCCAGGAGAUUCAAGGAGCCAGGAGGUCCCGGGUUCGAGACCCCAUCAAGCCAGGAAUGUUUGGUUAUGGGAGAGUGCCCUUUGCUUUGCCGCUCCAUCGGAACCGCAGGCACCCCAGGAGACCACCCAGCUCUGAGCUCUUGCAGACCUCAGAUCUUCCAUCCUUGACUCCAAGAACAGAGCCAUCGUUUGCAAACCACACCCCGCAACCUGAACUCCCUCCUACUGAACCGUCUGCCCACACCCCGUCCCCCCCAGGAGAACCCCCAAGCCCCGAAGCUGCUCAGACAGAGGUGCCCUCUAGAACCAGGCCUGCCCUCACAUGGCCCCACCCCAGAGCCCAGGCCUCUGGCACAGAGCCCUCCUUGUUCCCUCCAUCCCCAGGAGAAGGUAGCUCCUUUCACAUGUCCCCUCAGCCAAGAAGGCCAGGUUCCCAGGGUUGGGCCGGUCCCCGGCUGGCAGAGAGACACCCUAAUCCUUUCCUUUCUGUCCCUCGGAGCCGAGGCCAGCAGAGCCGGGAGCACUGGACACCUGGGGGGAAUCUUCACGGGUCCCUCACGGACUCUGCCCCUCGCUACCCAGAUGGCUGGUUGCCUCUGCUGAGUGCUGGUCCCCAUUCCAGCCCCCUCUGGAGCCUCUUUGCUCCCAGUAGCCCUGUCCCAAGAUGUUCUGGGGAGAGUGAGCAGCUGAGACCCUGCAGCCAAGCGCCCUGCCCCCCUGAGCAGCCAGACCCCCGGGCCCUGCAGUGUGCAGCCUUUGACUCCCAGGAGUUCAUGGGUCAGCUGUACCAGUGGGAGCCCUUCACAGAAGUUCAGGGUUCCCAGCGCUGUGAACUGAACUGCCGUCCCCGUGGCUUCCGCUUCUAUGUCCGUCACACCGAAAAGGUCCAGGACGGGACCCUGUGUCAGCCUGGAGCCCCAGACAUCUGUGUGGCCGGACGCUGUCUGAGCCCUGGCUGUGAUGGGAUCCUCGCCUCAGGCAGGCGUCCAGAUGGCUGUGGAGUCUGUGGGGGUGAUGAUUCUACCUGUCGCCUUGUCUCGGGGAACCUCACUGACCGGGGGGGCCCUCUGGGCUAUCAGAAAAUCCUGUUGAUUCCUGCUGGAGCCUCCCGGCUCUGGAUCGCCCAGCUCCGGCCCAGCUCCAACUACCUUGCACUUCGUGGCCCUGGGGGCCGGUCCAUCAUUAAUGGAAACUGGGCUGUGGAUCCCCCUGGGUCCUACGCCGCCGGCGGGACUGUCUUCCGGUACAGCCGUCCUCCUCGAGAGGAGGGCGUGGGGGAGAGUCUGUCCGCGGAAGGCCCCACGACCCAGCCUGUGGAUGUCUACAUGAUCUUUCAGGAGGAAAACCCAGGUGUUUUCUACCAGUAUGUCAUCUCCUCACCUCCUCCAAACCUUGAGAACCUCACCCCAGAGCCCCGUCUCCCCCAACUCCAGCCUGAGGUUUUGAGGGGAGAGCCCCCGCCUGCUUCAGUACCCCGCCCUGCCCGCACCCCAGGCACCCUCCAGCGUCAGGUGCGGAUCCCCCAGAUGCCCGCCCCGCCCCAUCCCAGGACACCCCUGGGGUCUCCAGCCGGAUACUGGAAACGGGUGGGACACUCUGAGUGCUCGGCAUCCUGUGGAAAAGGUGUCUGGCGCCCUGUCUUCCUCUGCAUUUCUCGUGAGUCAGGAGAGGAACUGGAUGAACGCAGCUGUGCCGUGGGCACCAGGCCCCCAGCCUCCCAGGAACCCUGCCAUGGCCCCCCGUGCCCACCGUACUGGGAGGCCGGCGAGUGGACGUCCUGCAGCCGCUCCUGUGGCCCCGGCACCCAGCACCGUCAGCUGCGCUGCCGGCAGGAGUUUGGGGGCGGCGGCUCGUCGGUGCCCCUGGAGCGCUGCGGACAUCUGCCCCGGCCCAACAUCACCCAGCCGUGCCAGCUGCGCCUCUGCGGCCACUGGGAGGUCCGCUCCCCCUGGAGCCAGUGCUCUGUGCGGUGUGGUCGCGGCCAGAGGAGCCGACAGGUCCGCUGCGUCGGCAACAACGGUGAUGAAGUGAGCGAGCAGGAGUGCGUCUCAGGCCCCCCGCGGCCCCCCAGCAGAGAGGCCUGUGACAUGGGGCCCUGCACCACAGCCUGGUUCCACAGCGACUGGAGCUCCAAGUGCUCAGCUGAGUGUGGGACGGGAAUCCAGCGACGUUCUGUUGUCUGCCUCGGGAGUGGGGAGACCCAUGGGGAGGGCCAGGAGGAAGCAGGGGCAGGAGCCACUGAGCAGACCUGUGCACCAGGAAGCCGACCCCCUGACAUGCGUGCCUGCAGCUUGGGGCCCUGUGAGGUGACGUGGUGCUGGUACACGGGGCCCUGGGCAGAGUGCUCCUCAGAAUGUGGCUCUGGCACGCAGCGUAGAGACAUCAUCUGUGUGUCCAAACUGGGGACGGAGUUCAAUGUGACUUCUCCUAGCAACUGUUCCCACCUGCCCAGGCCCCCUGCCCUGCAGCCCUGUCAGGGGCAGGACUGCCAGGACCGAUGGUUUUCUACACCCUGGAGUCCGUGUUCUCGCUCUUGCCAGGGGGGCAUGCAGACAAGGGAGGUCCAGUGCCUGACCGCCAACCAGACCCUCAGCAUCCGAUGCCCUCCUCACCUGCGGCCCUCCAGGAAACGAUCCUGUAACAGCCAACCCUGCAGCCAGCGCCCUGACCUGACCCCAACUAUCAAACUUUGAAGUGAGAGAAAGGGGCAAAGAAGCAGGUAACCAACCACUCCCCCACCAUUACCAAGCUCCUCUGUACAGCUGUUGUUCCUUAAAGCUGAAAACAAGCCACCUGAUUUCAAAACACACACACAGACAACCUCAUUUCAUUUCGACACGAAGUUGUUUCCCUCUUUCUGUUUCUCUACUUUGCCUCACCGGAGGAUUUCUGAGAAAUGAAAAAAGUCACCUCCCAGUCUCAGUUUUGUUUUUUGGGGUUUUUUUUUUGGGUUUUUUUUUUUUUGGUAUGAACAGGAGAGACAGGAAAGGCGUACACUGGGCAUACAGUAUUAACCCAAAGCUUUACAAAGUAAGCAAAAUGCCCUUCCCAUAGUGCUUCUGCCAAAGUGGGCCCCACCUUGCUAGAUCUGGGCUUUCAGGGUCUAGAGGUGGGUCAGAACCACUCCAGACAACCUCAGGAAGAGGUGUGAACUGAGGAUGGAAUGCAUGAAAGAUCUGGGCAUAGAGAUUCAGGAAUAAAAUGUUUAUGAAACCAAUGUUUCUUAGGGAAAACCCCUACCUCACCCCCGACCCCAAAUCUGAAUACCUGAGUCAUACCAGCCCUGUAGGGGUGUCCAUGAAAUGUGUACCAAAUUUCUGAAACCAUCUCCUCCUAUAAGACUAGAAAAUGAACUGUUUUUAGGGGCACAGAGUUGAGGGCGUUUCUUAAUCAAAAUAAAGUAGAAAACUCAUCUAAAUUCAGGUAGAAACCCAACAGUUAAAACUCUUUUCCUUGUCUGCUUCCUUGGCUCUUUCCCAGCACACCUUGUUCCAGAAUAACUUCAAUAAACAUACACAUGUGACCAGAGGGUUAGGGGAGGGGAGACCAAGUGGGGGUGGUGAAAUUCUGAAUGGAAUGCAGCCCCAGCUAGCUAGGGGGCUGGGACUGAGACUUUGGGCCCUGUCUGUGGAUUCAUACAGGCAGAGAAGCCAAAACAAUGAGCUCAUGGGCAAGAAUGCAGCCUGUGGGGAAGUCAGGGCAGUCAGAGCAAACUAGUUUUUUGAACCAGGAUGCGAAUAGCUGUAAUUGAGUCUCCCACGGGAACAGGAUUAGAGAGAGUAGAGCCACCAUUCAGUAUCUUAGGGUCCAGUUAAAUAACUUGGGGGCUGUUCUUUAUUAAAUUCUGUUCUGCAGAGAGCAUAGCAGUCUCGGGUCCACGUUCAAAAACCUGGUUCCUUUCCCUAUGUGAACUUGGGUGGGUGAAGAUGGCUGGUAAGAUGUGUGAGCGAACUUAGGUGAUGCUCUUAAGACAUCUUUAUUCAAAGCAGGUCUGCCAAUGCCAGCUCCUACACCAGGAUCCAGUGAUGACUAUGAUCCUUAGGUUGUGGGUGUUCAGGGCUACCACUUUAACAAGACAGAGAGGAAGCAGCCAAUAGAGUCUAUCUUCUUUACUUCCCAAAUAAACAGUCCCCCCAGCUGUGUGUAUUUAUACCAAAUUCAGACUUCUAAGACCAGAGACAUCUUUUUUUUUUUUCC